AUGACUGAAGACAAUAGUUCGCUACUUACGGGCACCGUUACAAUUGUUGUUUUCGGUGCUUCUGGGGACCUUGCCAAAAAGAAAACAUAUCCCGCGUUGUUCGGCCUUUAUCGAAACGGUUUUCUUCCCGAGGGAACACGCAUUAUUGGCUAUGCCAGGACGAAUAUUGGAGAGCAAGAAUUUCGUAACCGCAUUUCUGGAUAUAUAAAAGCACCCGUUGCAGAGAUCAAGGAACAAUUAUCAAAGUUCCUGGAAAUUUGUUCAUAUGUUUCUGGUCAAUAUGAUAAAGACGAGUCAUAUCAGUACUUGAGUAAAGUUGUUGAGGAAAUUGAGAAUUUAGGGGGUCCAGAAAAAAAGCAUCGAGUUUUUUACAUGGCAUUGCCUCCCAGCGUUUUCGUACCCGUGGCAAGAGGUAUUAAAAAUUAUGUUUAUUCUUCAAGGGGUGUCAAUCAAUUAAUUGUCGAGAAACCCUUUGGCAUGGACUUGGACAGUUCUCGUGAAUUAGGCAAGGCGUUAGAGCCAUUGUGGAAGGAAGAGGAGAGCAUUUCUAAUGUUCAGAUCACGUUCAAAGAGACGAUCGGUACGGAAGGACGCGGAGGAUACUUUGAUGAGUUUGGCAUUAUUCGCGAUGUCAUGCAAAAUCAUCUCUUGCAAAUUUUGAGUAUUGUCGCCAUGGAGCGACCGGUGUCCCUAAGUUCCGAGGACGUCCGUGACGAAAAGGUUCGCGUUUUACGCUGUAUUCAACCAGUGACGUUGCAAGAUGUCCUUCUCGGACAAUACACUAAGUCUGAAGAUGAAUCUGACCCUAAACCUGGAUAUUUGGAUGAUAACACCGUGCCUCCUGGUAGUAACUGCCCUACUUACGCGGCAGCCACCUUGUUCAUCAAUAAUGAACGUUGGGAAGGUGUUCCUUUUAUUCUCAAAUGUGGCAAGGCUCUCAACGAGCAAAAGACGGAAAUCCGUGUGCAAUUCCAAGAUGUGCCUGGCAAUGUGUUUAAAGACGCCCCUCGUAAUGAGUUGGUCAUUCGUGUGCAACCUGGCGAAGCUGUUUAUAUGAAAAUGACCAAUAAGCUACCAGGGCUUUCCAUGGAGACGGUCAUUUCGGAAUUAGAUCUCACGUAUCACCGACGAUUCUCGGAUUUCAAAAUUCCUGAUGCGUAUGAGGCCUUGAUUCUCGAUGUCCUGAAAGGCGAUCACUCCAAUUUCGUGCGAAAUGAUGAGUUGGAUGCAGCAUGGAAGAUUUUCACGCCGGUCCUGCACCAAAUUGACAACGAAAAGAUAAAGCCUAUACCUUACGCCUACGGAACACGCGGACCCCCGGGAAUCGACGAAUUUGUGACCAGUCUAUUAGAGAAGGAUCACAAAGUACGACAGAAGAAGGUUUUCGAAAACUCAGAAACAACAAAUAUUGCUGCUGCAAAAACUCCCAAAAUGACCGUACAACAACCUUUGGAUUUACCAAAUCCUAUUCAGUCUAUUUUUAAUUCGAGAUUCUCGAUUUCACCCGCAAUUUCUCCCCACACAACCCCUCCGACCUCACGCCCUUCCACUCCAUUGUUAGAGGUUGAAGAAACAGUCUGGUCACCUUACAAAUCGGUAUCAGGUAAUAGGUCUACUUUGGUUCCUUCCGCGAGUGGGAUUCUACACUCGGUAGAUACGAAAGAUCAGAAAGAUAUCCCCCAAAAUAAUGUAAUGCAUAAUGACCCGUCGCGUGUUGAACAAAUUUCCCCUCUUACCACUCCCCUCAUUUCUCCCUUGGCAAGGACCGCGUAUAAUGACACUUCCUUUUUUCGUAAUGUGAAAAAGGCGACGGGGAUGGUCGAGAGUGAAGAACUCUAUAACAUUAUAAAGCGUCCUUCUUCGCCAUGGAAUUCACAUAAAGCUGGAGAAAAUUUUGGUUCUGGUCUUGAGAAAAAUUUGCCCAAGUAA